AUGGCGCUUAACGGUCGGGCAGUCUCCUUGUCUCAGCCGGCCCGCUCAAGAAGGCUAUUGAAGGAAGCAGUUCGGCCACGCUAUUGGCAGAAGGCACAUGCCCGGCCUCUAUCUACACUGUAUGACCAAACAACGGCCGGUGGUCUUCAUCACAAACCAUCAAGAUAUCAGCCAACUUUCUGGAAGCGCGCUCGAUCCCAAGAUGGUAAUCACUUCAGCUGCGGCCGCCGAUACUUCUCUGGCAUCGGCUCGGAGCCUGGAAUCGACACAAAGACGGACGCCAGCUCCUCUCACGAGGAACCUGAGAGCCAGGUCAAAAUCAUCGACUUCUCCAAGGAACGUUUGGCAGAGCAGGAUGUCGCAACAAGCUCGCUGCAAACAGUGCUCUCCGAACAGCCAAAGCCUGACUGGGCUGCAUGUCGCUGGAUUUACGUCAAUGGACUGAACCGGAAUGUGGUCAGGCUAAUAGGUGAUCACAAGAAGCUCCAUCGUCUUUCACUGGAAGAUGUUAUGGACACAAACACGCCUACGAAGGUAGACUGGUACGACAACCACUGCUUUCUAGAGCUCACGCUACAGAAGCUUGUCCGCUUAGAGAACUAUGGAGAGGGUACAUCGCUACUAUCGACGGAUGCGACUGCUCUUCUUGAUGAGAGCCUGAAAACUCGCAGGGCUAAAUGGCGGACUCUGGCCCACCGCAAGUCGGCCAUUUCAGUCGAGCAAGUGUCCAUGUUCCUCACCUCCGACAACAUCGUCAUCACCCUCUUUGAGCAUUCGGGCCCGGAUGUCCUCAAGCCAAUAAUGACCCGCCUGAACUCGCCGCAGACAAUCGUCCGGUCAAGCAAUGACCCCUCCAUGCUUGUCCAGGCUGUCAUUGAUGUUGUUGUGGACAUGUCAGUGCCCAUCAACAAAGCAGUCGGUGACAUGUUCGGCGAGCUGGAGAGUGCCGUGCUGUCCAACCCGACAAUCACACAAUCGAAGCAGCUCUAUGUCCUCCGCUCAGGCUUGACCCUUCUCAUGGACAACAUCAGAGCCACCGGUGGCCUUGUCCGCACGCUCAUCGACCAUCGGGCUGUUCUGAACACGACAAUGUCCGGUGCCGACUCCACAACUGGCAAUGCUUCACCACAAGCUGCAAAUACCAGUGUCCAUAUCUCCGCCACCACUCAGGUCUAUCUUCAAGACGUCCAAGACCACAUCACCGCGCUCUCAAACUCCACGCACAACUCGAUUCGCUCAGCGGAGAACUUGACCUCUCUCAUCUUCAACACCAUUGCGGCAUCUCAGAACGAGAGCGUUCGCCAGCUGACGCUUGUGUCGAGUUUCUUUUUACCGCUGACUUUCCUAACUGGGUAUUUUGGAAUGAACUUCGACCCAAUGCCUAUAGUGAACGAACACAGCGACAAGGUCUUCUGGCUGAUAGCUAUUCCAGUCAUGCUGGUUACUGGUACCUUGCUGGUUGGAGCCAGGAUUGUUCGGCUGCGACCACGAAGCUUCAGCUGGAGGCGGCGAGCGCGGCAAUCUGACCGCGUGAAGCAGGAAUGA